AUGUCGGAAGCCGGCCCAUCCAAGGAAGAAAAUCCUUUCAGAUCUGGGAGUGAAAGUGACCAGUCCGAUUCACAAAGCAAUCACAGCCAAAGCAAUCACAGCCAAAGCCCAAACGACAACCAAUCGUCUUCCACUGCUCCAGCCUCUGAAAAGGAAUCAAAAAAGCAAAAGAACAAGGGCAACGACAAGAACGCCAAAACACACUUUAAGAAAUUUUGGAAAUAUUACGCCAUUGGAGUUGUAUUGGGUCUGGCUAUUUUCUUGCCUCUCUUAUUCAAAGUCUUUAUCCCCCUCAUCAUUGCACGCUUCAUCAACUCUCGCAACAUUCUCGUUCAGCAUGCGGAUGUUUUCAUCAGAAACUCAAAAGAGAUUGAAUUCGCCGCCAAUGCAUCCGUCAAAUCACCAUUGGGUGCCAGGGUCGGCGACCUUGAGUUUACGCUGCACGACACCACCAUAGCUCAGCCACCGACCGUGCUUAGCGCGGAUAUCAAGGGCUUCCCGAUCAAAAAGGCUACAAAAAUCGACAUCAAACAAGGACUAUUGCACGUAAACGACUCGGAUGCCCUUGUCGACUGGGCAGAUCGAUUCAUCGACAGCGAAACGAUCCCGUUUGACGUGCGCGUCAAGGGCCUCGACGUCUUUCUCGGAGUCCUGCGCUACACUUUUAAUCUCGAACGGCCCAUCUCGAUCAAUGGCCUUCGCGGACUCAGCGACAUUACUGUGAAUGAGGUUGAGCUCAUGCUGCCACCCGUCGCGAACAAGAAUGUCCAGGCAAACGUUAGCCUUUCCAAUCCAAGCUCCAUCAGCGUGCAGGUUGGCAACGCGACAGUCGAUCUGAGCGUCAACGACAUUAAAAUCGGCGAGGCAUUCGCGUACAACAUCAGCCUGGUGCCGGGCGUCACCAACGUGCACAUUGACGGCCUGGUGGACAUACCGACCAUCGUGAGCAACCUCGGCCGCAUCAUCCGCGGCCAAGCGUCAGAGCUGCCGGCUGGUCAUGUCAAUCUCCAGAUGCAAGUCACCAGCUUCACCAUGCACGGGGAAAAGAUUGACUUUUUGGGCGCGCUGCUCCGCAAAAGAGUGCUGAUUGGCAAGGUACCGCUCGUCACGCUCAUCAACGGCGCCGGAACAAGCAUAAUCAAGACUGGCUUGGUGGGCAUGGGCAUGGCAAACGGAGCAGCGACGGGCGGAACCAACUUGCUUGAUGCGAUAGGGGACGUGUUUUCUAAUGCGACUCUGCUGAACCGGAUCCAAGGGCACUGGGGGCAAAAGAGGACCCGUGAGAAAUCGAAAUAUAUUGCUUUUUAG